UGAAUUUGUGGCGAAAAAAGUUAAAUUUUGUGGUUGUCGAGCUUAUAACAUUCGUCGGGAAUUACGUGGUGGUCCAUUUUUUUAAGAAACCGGCCGCGGAAAGUGCUCCACUCAGGAUGGGAAUGAAUGUGAGUCGGCAGGUUGAUUUGGCGGAGAACGAAUACUUGCAGCGAUUUGUCGGCAAAUCGCACGUCCCAGCAUAUGAUGACGAUUUUUGGAACAACUUCCUUCAAUACCACAUCAACCUACCGACGAACAGCCAGGAACAGCUGAGUCUCGAUUCGCGACUGGAAUCACUCUGCCAGAGCUUCAUUAGUCACAACCUCCAUACAGGAAAUUUCGGAUCAUUAAUAAACGUAUUCCUGCUCAAAGUUUCCGAACUGCUGACGCUGUCCGACACCGAAAGCAACGUACACAUUUGGCAUGCUUUCAACGCACUCUUUAUAAUACGUUGCCUGGUGAAGUACAUGAUCGAGACGGGUUCGGAGUACCAGCUGUUACAGCAUUUUGAAGCGUUGCCGGCACAAGCGUCCGACGGAGAUGUACCGCCGGUGGAACCUACCGCUGGCAGCAGCACGGCCAUUUCCAUCGAUAACCAUGCUGUAGAAGAAACCCGAGCAGCCGUUGCAAAGUUGGUCGAUGGAACAAAGUUUGAAACGUUUCUUGAGGCGCUCGUCAACAUCAUCGUCGUCAUACCGGUGAAGGAAUUUACAUAUCAUUUGCACCUGGAAGCGGUCAACUGUAUGAUUAUCCUGCUUUCGGUGAGCCUCUUCUCGCAGCAGGCGAUGGAAAAGUCCACAAUCUAUCGGACGAUCUACCGUUGCCAGCAUGCGAACACGCUGAUGAGCGCGCUGCUACAUUUCCUGAGCCGCAUGAGCCAAGCGCCGCAGACAAUGUUCGGGUUCGGAACGGGUGGAUCGUUCGUGUUCGGCAUCGCCGAGUCGCUCUGGUCGAUUCUGACGUUCGCGCGCAAGCAACCGGACAUAUUGACCGCACACGAUCUUCCGAGCGCUUUCCGGGAGCAUUACCCGUUGGCCAACCAGAGCCUGCUGUUGAUACUGAUCCUUACCAACCAUCACGCGACGAAGGAUAAUCCUUACCGGAUAAGUUUGUUCGGUUGCUCCGACUCGCAGGACUCUCCUAAGGAGGAGCCGGCCACAUUCAAGAUUGAUUUUUCGUCCCUGUACAACACACUGUGCCGAAUAGUGACCAUCGAUCAGGCCACCCUUCUGUUGUAUCUACUGCUCUAUCGAAACCAAAGAUUCCACAAGUACGUGAUGGCGCAGCAAAACCUUCAGCAACUAGUUAUCCCCAUCCUCCAAACCCUGUACAAUGCUCCAGAUAGUACGUCACAUCACAUCUAUAUGUCGCUGAUAGUAUUGCUUAUUCUCAGCGAGGACGAUAACUUCAACAAGAGCGUCCAUCAGAUUAUGUUGAAAAAUGUUACCUGGUACACGGAGCGUUCGAUCAGCGAAAUUUCGCUUGGUGGCUUACUGAUACUGGUCGUUAUCAGGACGAUUCAGUACAACAUGUUGAAGAUGCGCGAUAAGUAUCUGCACACGAACUGCCUCGCCGCGCUGGCAAACAUGUCCGGCCAGUUUCAGUCGCUCCAUCCCUACGUGGCGCAGCGUUUAGUCAGCCUGUUUGAAACGCUCGCCAAAAAGCACGCCCGGUUGGACCAACAGCUGAAGCAACCGAAUGGAGUGACUAUCGAGCCCGACGUUUCGAUUCCGAUCGGUGGUGGACCGCUCACACCGGAGGACAUGUUGCAGGAUCUUUCGGUAUUGGAGGAGGUACUACGGAUGGUGCUGGAGAUUCUUAACUCCUGCUUGUCCCAUCAGUUGGUCUACUGUCCUAAUCUGGUGUACACCCUGCUGUACAAACGCAACGUCUUCGAGGCCUUCCGAAGUCAUUCGGCAUUUCAGGAUAUUAUACAAAACAUUGACAUGGUGGUAGGAUUCUUUUCCUCGCGCCUGCAACGGGUACAGGAUCAGCGCGGGGAACUGGGCGUCAGCGAAGUGCUGGAGGUGAUAUCGAAAGGUGCUAGCCAGUGGUCAAGCGAUCGAUUGCGGAAAUUCCCCGACCUAAAGUUUAAGUACGUCGAGGAGGACGCACCGGAGGAAUUCUUUAUCCCGUACGUUUGGACGCUCGUUUGCAAAGCUGGCUGUGUGCACUUCAGUUCCGAAACGAUCAAAGGUGUCUCCACCGAAAUCGUUUGUUAACGAUGCCAACCAAAGGCACCCCGAACCCUGCAGAACAUUGUGCUGUACUUCAAAGUUCGUUUCUUCCUAUCUAAUGCGUAUAACCUAUAACGGAUGCGUACGAUUUUUAAAUCAGGUACGCAUGUUUAAAUCACGAAACAACUUAUAUUUUAUCUUACGUUUAGCUCCAUUCCACCAGAUGAUGCUAUAUAUAUUUUUUUUAUUAACGAAUUGCAAUAAUGUCUUUACCUUCCGUUAUUGUUUAAUUGUUUGUUUAACUGUGCGCUUCUCUUUGAUUGUAAUUUAUCACGUUAUUUUAUUUCGUUUCCGGCAAACCUGUAGAACGUUGCCAUUUAGUCAGAACCGGUGUGCAAAUAUUUAACUAGUAGCUCGAUUUUUCCCUCUGCGCUGGCCAGCUCCAGCCCGUUUCUUUCCGGAUCGAUAUCGCUAAGACUGUACCGGCGAAAGGCUACGAUAACACAGGCAAUAAUAAACUUAAAGUUACGGUACGAUAACAAAUGCUACUAACAGUUCUCUUAAGACACUCUACGGAUAGGGACGAAUGUGUACGCAGACAACCAUUGGCACACAGGCCUAGUUGAAUGAUUUUACUUGUAAGAUUCGCGUAGAUAUUGUUUGCAAUAUGCGAGUAGGGCAGGAGUAAGCAAAACAGCAUUAAUUUCCAUUGACCGAACUGGAAAGGCGUAUAUUUAAAUGCACAACACACCCAUGGAGGUCGAGAGUGGAGAAGACAGGAAGAGUGAAAGAGAGAGAAUGAAAGGCGUGCAAGGAUCUUCAUCGGAAUAUAAAGAAGUGGGAAUAGUUAAAACAUUAUUAACCAAUAGCAAUGUGCGUUAUACGUUUUUACUACCUUUCCGAAACUAGCCGGGUCAUGAGAAAUGGAAGUUGGGCAAGUUAUCAUUUGUUCUUUGUUGAAAAACACAUACACACAGCUUCAUUAAAAAAAAGUUCGACAU